AUGCCUCGUACGACCCCGCAAGAGCAUCUCUGCCACGCUUCACCCUCUUUAUCUCACGGUGUAUCUUGUCCUCCCAUGCAGAGCUCCACACAGGAGAUCGGAGAAGAGCUGGAGGAUGGUGUGAUCUACAGCAUAUCGCUCCGGAAGGUGCAGCUCCAUCACACGGCCAACAAAGGGCAGCGAUGGCUGGGGUUUGAGAAUGAGUCGGCCUUAAACCUCUACGAGACGUGUAAGGUGCGGACGAUAAAAGCUGGGACCUUGGAGAAGCUGGUGGAGUACCUGGUCUCAGCCUUCAAGGGCAAUGACUCCACCUACGUCACCAUCUUCCUGUGCACUUACCGGGCCUUUGCCACCACUAAGCAAGUGCUGGACCUGCUGCUUAACAGGUACGGCAAACUCCACGUGCAGGCGAACGGGGACCAUGCCAGGCAAGCUGUGGACGAGCGGAUGGAGCUGAAGAACACCAUCUCCUCCAUCCUGGGCGCCUGGCUGGACCAGUACUCAGAGGACUUCCGCAAGCCCCCGGACUUUGCCUGCCUCAAGCAGCUCAUCUCCUACGUGUGCCACAACAUUCCCGGCUCGGACCUGGAGCGCCGAGCCCGCAUCCUGCUGGCCCAGUUCCAGCAGCAAGAGCAGAGCGAGUCCGAGGCGGAAGCUGUGGACCACGGCGGCUGCACCUUCCAGCUGGUGGAGGAGAACGGGGUCGGGGACGGGAAGCCAGAUUUCCUCUCCUUCUCCCCAGAGAUGGUGGCCGAACAGUUCACGCUGAUGGAUGCUGAGCUGUUUAAGAAAGUGGUGCCUUACCACUGCCUGGGCUGCAUCUGGUCCCAGCGAGACAAGAAGGGCAAAGAGCACCUGGCGCCCACCAUCCGUGCCACGGUCUCGCAGUUCAAUAGCGUGGCCAACUGUGUCAUUGCCACAUGUCUCGGAGACCGGUCCCUGAAGCCGCAGCAGAGGGCUAAAGUGGUGGAGCGGUGGAUCGAAGUGGCUCGGGAGUGCCGCAUCCUAAAGAACUUCUCCUCCCUCCGAGCCAUCCUCUCGGCUCUGCAGUGCAAUGCCGUCCACCGGCUGAAGAAGACCUGGGACGAGGUCCUACGGGAGAGCUUCCGCACUUUCCACGAGCUCUCCGAGAUCUUCUCCGACGAGAACAACCAUUCGCUGAGCCGGGAGCUUCUCAUCAAGGAGGGCACGUCCAAAUUCGCCACCUUGGAGAUCAACCCGAAGAGAGCUCAGAAGCGGCAGCAGCAGCAGCGAGAGAUGGGCGUGAUGCAGGGCACCAUUCCUUACCUUGGCACCUUCCUCACGGACCUGGUGAUGCUCGACACCGCCAUGAAGGAUUUCCUGGACGGUGGGCUGAUCAACUUUGAGAAGAGGAGGAAGGAGUUUGAAGUCAUCGCCCAGAUCAAGCUACUUCAGUCGGCCUGCAACAACUACAGCUUCACGCAGGAGGACCAGUUCGUGGACUGGUUCCACAGCCUGGAGCGGCUCAGCGAGGCCGAGAGCUACGGGCUGUCGUGCGAGAUUGAGCCGCUGUCAGAGUCAGCCAGCAACACAUUGAAGGCAAAGAAAAACACGGGCAUCAUUAAGCGAUGGAGCGACGUCAGCUCCCACUCGAAAUCCUUCGCCCAGCUCAAGUGCGGGCAGUACCUGUGCAGCGGCGACGCCACCGACUCCGUGAGUGUCACCUCCGCCGGCUCCAGCAGCUCCGAUGUGGAGGAGAUCAACAUCAGCUUCAUCCCCGAGUCCCCCGACUGCCAGGAGAAGAAGGUACGGGGCAGCUCGCGGGGUCCGGGCCUCCGGAGGCAGGUGCGGCCAUCGUGCGGGGACUGUCCCACCUCUUUCUGGGAAUCCACCUCCCUCUCCUCCCUGGACACGUCGGGCAUUGGCUCAGGCUCCAGCAGUGCCUCGUCCUCUUCUGUCUCCUCCACGCCAGUGACAGCCUCCCGCACCCACAAGCGCUCCGUCUCCGGCAUCUCCAGCUACUCCUCCCUCUCACUGCCCCUCUACAACCAGCAGGUCGAUGACUGCUGCAUCAUCCGUGUCAGCCUGGCUGUGGACAACGGCAACAUGUACAAGAGCANNNAGGUGACAAGCCAGGAUAAGACCCCGGUCGUUAUUCGCAAAGCCAUGGCCAAACACAACUUGGACGGGGACCGGCCUGAAGACUAUGAGCUCGUUCAGAUCAUCUCGGAGGAAAGAGAGCUGAAGAUCCCUGACAACGCCAACGUCUUCUACGCCAUGAACUCCGCCGCCAAUUACGACUUUGUGCUCAAGAAGCGGGGCUUCUCCAAGGGGGUGAAGAUCAAGCACGGCUCCAGCUCCACCCUGCCCAGGAUGAAGCAGAAAGGCCUGAAGAUCGCCAAAGGCAUCUUCUAG